AUGACAGAUGCCAAUGGGGCGGUGCUGGCCUGCUCCUCCUCCCCUCCCCUGUACCAAGUGACCGUUAUCCUAUCGCUGUGUGCUUCUCAUUAUCUCAAAAUAAACAGCUGUUUUGCGGGAGUCCGGUAUGACCUGGUGUCGGCCUAUGCUGACGUCAUCCAGGACACCAGGUCCACUUUGAAGUGUCCACUGAGCGGGUGCCGGGAGGGGACGCUGUGUCUUCCUUUCAUCAAUGGCGACUUCCGGUUUACGGAGAUCCGCAAGACAGACAAAGUCCAAGAAAAACCGAAAAACGUCAUCUCGUCAGAGGUGGAAGAGGAACUCCGGACCUAUCACAUCAUUGUGGACGUAGACAUGACCACCACAAGCUUGGACAGUCUGUUCAGCGAAGAGGACGCGAUUCACGAAAAGAAAAGAUUGCACAGCGUCAACAGUUCCGGGGAUGAUUUAGUUUUCAACUCUAAACAUCAAUGAACAAUUUCCCUUCUCCCCUUCCAAGCUGCACCAAUCCCCACCCCACCAAACAAUUAAAAGUAAACAUUUUUAAAAGUCGAAAGAGGGGGAAAAACCCUUCAGAAAAAUAUCUUUUUCUGCGAGAUCCAUGUACCACAGCCACUUGUACUACAACUUCUAGAAGAAAUAAACGAGAAGUUAUAU